UGACAUCAUCAAAUACCUGAGGCAGGCAGGCAGGCAGGCGGACAGGAAAAGGGAGAGAGACAAUCAGGCCGGGAGUCAGUGGGAGGAGGAAGAGUGAGGGGGAGACCUGAUCCUCCCCACACUUUGGCAAUAUUGGCACUUUACACUCGGACAUAGAGGACUCUAGAGAAAACUUGCAGAGCCCCAGGCAGAGGUCAUGGCUUUGCAACCUCGACGCGUUCGGCUAAAACCAUGGCUGGUGGCCCAGGUGGAUAGUGGAAUGUACCCUGGUCUCGUCUGGUUGAACAGAGAGGCAAAAAGGUUCCAGAUCCCAUGGAAACAUGCAACAAGGCAUAGCCCCCAGCAGGAAGAAGAAAAGACAAUAUUUAAGGCCUGGGCUGUUGAGACCAGCAAAUACCAAGAAGGAGCUGAUGAACCAGACCCAGCCAAAUGGAAGGCCCAACUGCGCUGUGCACUGAAUAAGAGCCGAGAGUUUAAACUUAUGUAUGAUGGGACCAAAGAGGUUCCUAUGAACCCAGUGAAAAUCUAUGAGGUGUGUGACAUCCCCCAGUCUCAAGGAUCUAUCAUCAACCCAGGUUCUGCAGGAUCUGCACCAUGGGAUGAUGAUGAAUUUGAAGAGAGUGAGCUAAAUAAGUCUCAGAAUCAUGUACCAAUCCAGGAGCCCUUUAACUGCCUGAAUAUCAGUGCAGACUCACCCAUGGGAUCAUCUAGUACAGGCAGCUGCACCCCUGAGCAAACAUGGCCAAAGACUGAGCCUCAGGAGAUGGAAGUGCCCCCAACAUCAGGCCCUGCUGACUUUUUCAGUUCUCCCGAGAUGUGGAUCAGUUCCCUACCAAUGACUGACUUAGAAAUCCAGUUCUAUUAUCGGGGGAAAGAGAUGGGUCAGGCGACGAUAGUCAGUAACCCUCAAGGCUGCCGACUUUUCUAUGGCGACCUGGGACCAAUGCCCAAUCAGGAAGAGCUGUUUGGACCCAUCACCCUUGAACAAGUUCGCUUCCCUGGGACAGAACAAAUUGUAAAUGAAAAACAGAAGCUCUUUACUAGUCGUCUUCUUGAUGUCAUGGACAGGGGUCUGAUAUUAGAAGUCAGUGGGCAUGCCAUAUAUGCAAUCAGACUGUGCCAGUGUAAAGUCUACUGGAGUGGGCCCUGCUCACCAUCUCCGACUACCCCAAACCUUAUUGAAAGGCAGAAGAGAGUUAAACUUUUCUGUCUGGAGACUUUCCUUAGUGAACUUAUUUGUCAUCAGAGGGGGGCUCCUACAAAGCAGCCACCAUGUGAAAUCUACUUAUGCUUCGGAGAGGAGUGGCCAGAUGACAAAUCCAGAGAAAGAAAGCUCAUCAUUGUUCAGAUAAUACCAGUUGUAGCACGUAUGAUACUUGAGAUGUUUAGUGGGGACAGCACCCGUUCCUUUGACAGUGGAAGCAUCCGUCUGCAAAUCUCUGUCCCUGACAUCAAAGACAACAUUGUUGCUCACCUGAAACAACUGUAUCGCCUUCUUCAGAACCACCAAGGGCCAGAUGCUUGGCCUCUCAUGCAGCCCCAAAACAUGCACCUGGCUGAGACACUUCAAACCCAGUGAGGACUGGUUCCUCACAAAACUCUUGUCUUUUUAAAGCAGCACAAACUACUGCCCCUGCUGGGGGACCUUUUACUAUAUUAUAGUGUAGAUGAAGGACCCCCCCCCAGUAAUAUGGAAGCUUUAAUGCAUUAACAUCUUAGGUCCAAUCAAUUGUAUACCCCUUGCACAUAUCGGACAUGCUGUUUUAGAGUCAUUGUAGCUUUAAAAGCAGGGAAUAUUACUGGUUUUACAAUUAGGCUUAUGACAGGUGUUCCACAGGGGAGCCUGCAGCUGCCCCAUUUGUGAAUUUACAGGUUAGAAUGGGACACGUGGGACAGAAAAGCACAGCCCUGUUUGAAAAGAGACAAGUGGAUUUUAUUCAUUUUUGUCACUACACAUACAGGUUAGCACGGGGUUUUAUCUUCUUGUAUUUUUCCAGAAGCUGAAUAAAAUGCUUCACAAUACAUUAAGGCUUACUGAAAGCUGUUUUUUCUAAAGCACGGGCAGAAAUUGAGCUUUCUGCAAAUUUUACCACCAUUGUACUUGUACUCUACUUAUUUAUUAUUUUUAUUGCAUUAAAAUUAUUUUUUCUCCUCCAGUAACAUAUUAAAAUAAUUUCAUAGUAUAGUAUUCAGUGCUGUUAGUGUGAAACCAUAGGACUAUGUGGCAUGAAGGUCAGAUGAAGGGGGGAGUACAUCUACAAAUUGACUUUCUUUUUUUAGAAACCUUGGUUUCUCAUCAAGCAUUCACCAGUAACUAAAUAGGCCAUCUAAAUUCUAGAAUAGAAGGAGAACAAAUAUCAUUUGAUUAAAAAAAAGAUAUAGCUUCAUUGCCAUCUAAAUCACUUCUACAAUUUCAAUUUGGUGGUUGGAAAAUAACGAAAAAUAUGUUACUGAAAUUUACUUUUGUGUACAACAUGCUCAAGUUUAUGUAAAAUUCCCCCUUUUUUUUUUUUUAAUAGCAAAAUUAUACUAUUUGGGGUAUAUUACAUGACUGCAAUACCUUUUAAAUAAAUAUUUAAUAACCAUGCAAAAUUAAACAAAUAAUUCAUUGGUGCAAACAAUGUAUUCAUAAUCUGCUAAUAAAUACCCUUUUUUCCAAGAAAAUUUUGAAAUUUCGUUGUAAUUACAUUGCCACAGGGCAUUCUUACAGUCACACUAUACAUAUGAGGUUUUCAUUGUAGAAUAUGUGGCUGCAUGUGGCAUCUCUUGCUAUACAUUUCCAAUUUUACUUCUAGUAUACUGCUUAUGUGCAACUCUAGUGAGCCUGACUGAGGUACAAGGGAUCUCUGGGAAAACAGGGUAAGAUGGCAGCAUUGUGCUUAUGUAGAAAAAAUCAUAGGCCAGUCAAAUUCAUUCAUGAGCAAAUCACAGUAGAAAAAUUGAAAAUGUAAUUUGUGUGCCUAACAAAUUGAUACCCACUAGGCUUUUAUGUCUUUUAGGGCAUGUGCACUUGUGCUGUUUUGUCACUCACAGAUACAAAUCAAUAAAGGAAUUCUUUAGAAAUGUAUCCAAGUACACUAUAACUAUAAUGAACAGUGCAUGAUAAGGACUGAUAUAAUGACAAAUGAUAGUCCUCAUUGUGCUGUGUGUAACUGCUAAAGCAUUUUUGGCAAAUUACAUAAUGUAUCUCCACACAGUCACCCAUAACUGUCUUUUUUUUUUUUAACAAUUCUUUUAUUGUGCAAUUAUAGCAAUACAGUCAGACAGUUGUAUAAUAGCAUUGCAUCUUUGUUUUCUUUUACACAAACCAAUUAAACAGUUCUUACAAACUUUAA